GGGCUGAUACAUGGUGCUACAUGUCCAAGACUCCUUCUUCCUACAUGUAUGUACAUGUAUGGAUGUUUUUUUGUGUGCAAUAAACCAACUAGAAGUCGACAACAAUGAACUCAUGAUUAUUCAUCUGGAGAUCUGUAUUAACUGACCCCUUUAAAAAUAUUAUACCAGAAAUAAACAUGGAUGUUCAGCGUGGACAUUGCUGGCGUUGUGAAGUUCAACUGGAACAGACCAUUCACUGCCCUGAUUGCAAGAUGGCGGAGUAUUGUAGCUCAAUAUGUGAACACAGAGACAGAGUUAGACAUAGGAGUAGAGAGUGCCCGUUAUUUGGAACAAGAUCAUGCAACACAUGCAAUAAGAAGGGUACAAUGAAAGAGUGUGGAGGUUGCAACAUAGCAUGGUACUGUAACAGAGAGUGUCAAAGUAGUGAUUGGGUCAACCAUAAAGCUUUUUGCAUCAAGGCCAAGGAAGACAUCAAAUCAACAGCAGCUCAAAUUGGACUAUUAAACUUCAGAAUGCAAAAAGAGGGUGGUUCCCCUUAUUAUUUGGGAAACACUAUUGCCAAAGACUUCUUGCAACUCUCUAACAAUGAGUGGUCUGAUGGGUCAAUAAAGAAAACUGACUUGAAUAAAGAUUAUCAUAUAUUGUCAGCCGGUUGCGGAGACUUACGCAACACUGUCUUGACAGCAGCUUCCCUUCCUGCCAGGUACCAAGGAAGUCUUUACAUCACUCUCAAUGACUUUGACCCUUUUGUCAUGGCAAGGAAUGUCUUGUUUCUCUUUAUGUUGGUUCGGUUUGCAGACACUGAGGGAAUUGAGAGCAGUCUGACUACCAUCUGGUACUCAGUUCACAUUACAAAGAAAGAGUAUGACCUGAUCAAGACCAGCUUGGAUGAGCUCAUUCAGAUGACCCCUCAAAGUCUCACAGAGGUCACUCAAGGGUUGGUCAAAGUUCAAGGUAAAGAUCUUGCAGACAUGAGUCAAGUUUGGGACAAAUGGAGAUCACUAGAAUGCCAACGAAAGAUACAAUCCUCAAUAAAUCUCAGAAAACAAAGACAAACUGCAUUUGAGAAAUUUAAACAAAAGCAUGGGGAUAAUGUGAGGUAUUGUUAUACCAAUCCUUUACAGUCACCUGCUGUUAAAAAGCAAACUGAAGAAUGGUUUGACCAUGGUUUGUUCCUCCCCAAAGAGACGAAACAAGGGACAAUGUCAUUUGAUAACCCAACACUAACGGGACGUGGAGCUUCAGCAGCUCCAGGUUAUGAAACGCUAGUUAGGGAUUGGAAUGCACCAAAGGCAAGCCCAAAAGAUUUUGCCUUUGAGUACUGCAUCAGACCAGAUUCACAUCCUUUCAAAGUGUGGGAUUGCUUGAGAGUGAGGGAGUCCGAGACCAGACCCUACCCAACCCCUAUGGUGAUGUAUCACAACUACAUCACAAACCUGAUACAGAAAGUCAAACAUCUAAUUCAGCAGAGAAGACUUUAUAUCCAAGUUUCUCUGGCCAAUUCUAUGGACUUUCCUUCAAUUCAUAAGUCUCUUAAGAUGUCCAACUAUGACCGCAUCUUCACAUCCAAUCUUGCUGACUAUAUUGGUUUUGGGAAGCUUCUACAAACAUUUAAACCCCUUCUAAACCAAAGUAACUGCUCCUCAGUAAUUGUUACUGAAAUAAUAAACUGGAUUGCAUUUCUACCUCAGGCUCUCUGUAAACCUGAGCACAAAGAAUAUCAAAGAUGUAUUGUAGCAUAUUGUCUGGAUACUGGCAGAGAUUUAAAAAAUCUUAUGCGUAAAUUUGAUAUUGGACUCCAUACCUGGAUGGACUACUAUGAUAGUUCCCCUUACUUUCUUGCAUAUCUGCGUGCACAAAUUAUGGGCGGGGGUUUCGGGGUACCACCAUUGACUAAAGUGCCUUCAUUUGGUGAAGUGAUGAAGUACAAUGGUCUAGAAAUGCGUGACUUUCGUAAGAAGCUGAAUCGUCUUGUUCCAUUUCAGUAUCGAGUCAAUGCUCGUGAUUUGAACAUUAUAACUGCAACUGACAGAGCAGUGGAGUGGUAUCUACCACACACUGAUGGCUAAGUUUAACAAAGCUUGGCGUAUAUUUAUUGUUGAUUUCUGAUGUAAAUCUUAUUUUAAUACCCCUUAAAAGAUGCACCGUCACAUAACAAGCAGUGAUUGAGUGGGACUUUUGAAAAUCAGAUAAGUCUUAUACACAGGAAAUUACGGUAGCUAAUAUAAUUUGACUAAAUGAAACCUGUAUCAACAACUACAGUAAAAAAAAAAGUCGAAUCUCUGCAACAAAAUAGCUGUAGACUUGAAUUUUUGUUUUGAAGUUUUUGGCUUUUGGAGAAAUACAAUGAUGUAUGCGUAAUACAUUAGUAUGCCUGAUGAAUAGUGUCAUUAAUUGCAAUUGCCUCAUUAAUUGCAAUUGCUUAAUAAAAAAUUGUAUUAAAUUAUAGAUUUGGUAGCCGAUUCAAUACUAAAUUAAGCUACACUUACUCAUAAUUUGUGUUGAUUGGGAGUGUAAUGACGUGGCAACUGAAAUAGUUUUUGGACUUGAUUUGUUUAUUUGCUCUAUGUAAAAUACUUGUUUACAAUGAGUUUUUUAACUAUUAACCAUGAUCAUUUAUUAAUAUUAAAUUGUAGUGAAAUGAAAAUAGUUUUACUCUGGCCGCACUGCCAUGCUUUUUAUGGCACCGGCCACAUUUACAAAUUUGAGUUUUAAAAAUCAAUCUGCCAAGCUUUUCUCCCAACUUUUUUUUUUAAGUUCAUGCAUUUUAUGAGUGUUCAAAUGCAAUCUUUAUAAUUAUUGGUAAAAAUAGUCAGGAGGAAAAGGCAAAAAGGAACAUCUCAGAACAUCACCAUGAUCACAAAGCAUGUCCAAGCAAUAUUUUUGUGGCCCUUAGGCAGGCCCUGGACCCCACAGAGGCACCCCCUCCCUCCCCCAUCCCUUCAGUGCCGGCCAAGCUUAAAUUUCUAAAACACAGAGCAAGUGGCAGAACUCAUCAAUUUCUUUAUAGGUGCCAAUGGACCAACUUCAAAGCUGAAUUCAUAAAUACUUUUUGUUCAAUACAAGAAAUAGAAGAAAUGACAAAUGAAAACAAAGACUUUUUUCCCUUCAGAUUUUCUCUUAGAAACGCUAUGUCAAGCAACAAAGCAACGCUCAGUAGCAUGCCUCUAUCAGUGAUAACCAACAAUCGGAUGUGGUAUUGAAGCAGCAUAUGAGAUUAAUUCACAUCUCUUGAACACAUCUGACUCUUUUCUAUGAAUCUGUUGUAGUUUUUUCCUUUAAAAACAACAAUAAUUUGACUUUUUCCACUCAAAACCAAUGAUGUACCAUCCCUUUAGAAUCUUUCAUUGUUAUUGUAGUAAAUUAUAUGGAAUCAGCAGUCAAUUACAUGUCAAUAUUUUGAAUAGAAAUUAUUCUCAUGAGACGCAAGUUACAAGCAUGCUUGAAUGUUUGCAUAAAAUUACGUAGGAAAAAUAUUUUGUUCAGAAAAAGUAAUUAUUUAAGGAAUUAAUAAAUUAGACUGUGUAAUAAGAAGGCAGUCAGUUAUUGAUGAGGAUAAAGUGAGAAGCUGCUGAAUAUAUGAGAAUAAAAUAUAAAGGUCUUUGUCAAUCAAUUAA